AUGGCUGCCAAGCGCCCAUUCUGUGAGCCGGAUUUGGCCUGUCCAUAUUGUCUGGAUAUCUUUAAAGACCCUGUCAUCCUGAAGUGUGGUCACAGUGUGUGUAAAGCCUGUGCAGAGAAAUACUGGGAAACAAAAGUGCACCAGGAGUGUCCUGUCUGUUGCAAAAGGUUCUCCAAAAGUAAGCCACAAUGUAACCUGGUUUUAAGGAAUCUGUGUGAGACUUUUUUAAAACGGCAGAGAGCUUCAGCAGGGGCUGAGGAGCUCUGCUGCAGUCUACAUGGUGAGAAACUCAAACUCUUCUGUCUGGAGGAUAAACAGCCUGUGUGUGUGGUGUGCCAGACCUCAAAACUACACAGAGGCCACAAUCUCAGUCCUAUUGAUGAAGCUGCAACGGACAUGAAGGAGGAACUCAAGAGGAAACUGGAGCCCCUGAAAAAGAAACGGAAGACAUUUGAAGAAGUAAAACGUAUCCGUGACCAAACAGCAGCACAUAUCACGAGUCAAGCUCAACACACAGAGAAGCAGAUCAAGGAGGAGUUUGAGAAGCUUCACCAGUUUCUACGAGAUGAAGAGGCAGCCAGGAUAGCUGCACUGAGGGAGGAAGAGGAGCAGAAGAGUCAGAUGAUGAAGGAGAAGAUUGAGAAGAUGAGCAGAGAGAUCUCAUCUCUUUCAGACACAAUCAGAGCCAUAUUCCUGCAGAACUACAAGAGCACAGUAGAAAGAGUCCAGUGCACACUGCAGGAUCCAGAGAGGCUUUCAGGAGCUCUGAUCAAUGUAGCAAAGCACCUGGGCAACCUGAAGUUCAGAGUCUGGGAGAAGAUGCAGGAGAUUGUCCAAUACACUCCUGUCACUCUGGAUCCCAACACUGCAAACCCACGACUCAUCCUGUCUGAGGAUCUGACCAGUGUGAGACGUGGUGUGAAACAGCAGCUUCCUGAUAAUCCAGAGAGAUUUGAUAAAUUUGCCAGUGUUCUGGGCUCUGAGGGCUUUAACUCAGGGACACACUGCUGGGAUGUGGAGAUUGGGGAGAACCCAUGGUGGAAUGUGGGUGUGAUGACAGAGUCUCUCCAGAGGAAGGGAGAUUGCACCUCCAUGAGUGGGCGGUGGAUUGUGCGGUAUAAAGAUGGUGAAUAUGGAGCACGUGCCUCACCACAGCCCUCCACUCUCCUCACAGUGAACCAGAAACUCCAGAGUGUCAGAGUGCAGCUGGACUGGGACAGAGGAGAGCUGACAUUCACUGACCCUGAUACUAACACACAUCUACACACCUUCACACAGACUUUCACUGAGAGAGUGUUUCCAUACUUUAAUGGUGCUAGGGUUGCUCCUCUGAGGAUCCUACCAGUGAGGGCCUCAGUAAGAGUGGAACAGCACAGUCCGUAA